AACCUCACAUAGUGGUAAGGUGCCAGUAUUUUGCAUAAGUAUUAAACUCAAUAUUUUAAACUUACAUAACUAUUGGUAUUUACCUACCAAAAUGUGUCCGUGUGUUAAAUUCAUAGAUCACUUGAGCUGCCUUAAAAUCCAUCGAUUACUGAAUAUUUUCUAUUAAUUAAUAAUCGGUGCUACAAAAUGGACUAUAGAGCAUGGAUAUCGGCAAUCAUAUUCUUAGUUACUAUGAGGACAGUAAACGUACAAUUUGCGAUGCCCAUGCCAAUGUUUCAACCAGCUCCACCUCCACCGCCCAUGGUCAUGAUGGCGCCACCGCCGCCACCCGUACCAGUCCCAGUACCCUACCCGGUCCCAGUCCCUGUUAUAGUGACGAGGAGAACCACUACUACUACUACGACAACUGAAGCACCGAAUGAUGGCGAUGAUGGGAAGUGUGCAAUUGCAUUCCCUUUGCCUUUUGGAUUCCCCAUGCCUUUCGUGUUACCACAAGCCCCUCCUCCAAGCUUCUGCGCUGACAAACCGAGGCAGAAGCAAUGUCCUCCCUGUCCACCGUGCGUUUGUGCUCCAAGCUGCACGCCUGCGUUUUACUCGUUUUGCUCUCCGUGUCAUCAGAGGUGCAGAUGUAAAAGUAAUGGCGAUACUCCGAGGCCUGAGCCCCCUAUACCACCACCACCCAUUCCUAUGGUACCAGCACCUAUGCCUAUGUAUCCUAUGCUACCUCCCGCUCCAGGUCCUGUUUUCAUCUUCCCCUUGCCACCCGCUCUUCCUUUCAGACGUCCACCGCGAAGAGUACCCACUGAUUCGGAUAGCGAGAGCGAAACUAGUGAUUCUUCACAUUCUUCAGACAGUUCCUCCGACACAAAUACUGAUUAUGACGAAGAUUGGCAUCGCAGGAAAAACCGAAAAAUCAAAAAAAGCAAAAGACAUUCAAGUAACUACCGAAAGAAUGCUAGAAGUUUUGAAACGAGUGAUGAUACAGGGACAGUCAUACAUAAAACGAAGCUUGUAAAACCGAUGUUAUCCUACAUAAGCAAGCAAGGUGAAGUGAAAUUUCAGAAAAAGAUUAGCGAGAAGGAUGCUGCGCAUUUGAUGGGGACAGAAACAGAUAGAUCAAAAAGCGUUGAAUAUCCUAAAAAUGGUCGAAGAUCUGCGGUCGGUGGGAAAGACAGUAGAACUGUCAUAUUCAGUCCGCCGCCAAACAAGAAAAUUACUAACCUUACAGUAUCUUUUGAUGUUGUUCAAUAAUUACAAUAUUUUAUAGAAGAUAAGUGUUGGAAUUGAACCGACCAAGUGCGUUUUUUAUAUUACGAUAUAAACAGGUAAUAAAAUCAAGUUUCUCUUCUUGUUUGUAAAUGUUAUAUACUUAGUUAUUUUAAAUAAAAUAUUUUUUAUUAUUA